AUUUAAACUACGUCAUUGAAAACAGCUUUAUGUGGUGCAAGAAAACAAAAAAAAUACGUACUUGACCACAUCCUUCACCACCAUGCCCUUUCUCGCGGGUAAAACCGCCAUCGUGACCGGUGCAGGCAAGGGUCUUGGCCGCGCCCUCGUCGCCGGACUUGUCGAAGGCGGAUGCGGGCUUGUUAUCGGGAUAACGCGAUCCGCCGAUGAUUGCGCAUCCCUCGAAUCCGAAUACGGCAAGGAUCGUGUCGCAGCCAUACAGGGAGACCUAGGCAAGGACCCGGCAAAAGCGAUGGAUGCAGCUCUCGAAGUGUUGCAGCAGAAGGGGAUGGAGUUGCAUUUUCUCGUGAAUAAUGCAGGGAUCUCGAUUCCUCAAAAGAUGAUGGACGUAACAAAAGCAGCGUUUGAUGAGGUGAUGAGCGUGAAUGCCUAUGCGCCUUUGCUGUGUACGCAGAAAGCAGUCAAGAAGAUGCUCGAAACGGGAAACGAACAACCCGGGAAAGCGAUAGUAACUUCCUUGACAUGUUGAUUAACGCUCUGCCUCGUUAAAGUCAAGUGUGGCCCUUUAUAGGGCAGGCUACGAGGUGACCUGGUAUGACAUUUAAGCUACCCAGACCUGCUCCUGCCAAAAACGAGUCACUUCUACCACCGUCAACUGUGCCAGGUAAACAUCUCUUCGCAAGCGAGCCUCUUCUCAUUAGAAGAGCAUACGACGUAUAGUAUGAGCAAAGGAGCGAUCGAUUUGCUGACGAAGACGGCCGCACUGGAGCUAGGACCACAUAAGAUUCGAUGCAAUGCGGUCAAUCCUACGGUACUUUUUUCGUAUCACAUUCAUUACACGACAUGGCUCUUGCAUACUGUAUAAUUAGGCGGAUUCCUCUUGUACGUAGAUGUUCUUCUGCAGUGCUCGACCACCUGCACUGCAUCAUCUACUUCCACUCCCGUUUUUGACAUGAGGUAAUCAUGACCCCCAUGGGCAAGAAAGUUUGGGGAAAUCCAGAAAAAGGAGGACCGAUGUUGACGAGGAUACCUCUAGGCCAGUUUGCUGAGGAGAAGGACGUGGUGAAGCCGGUGCUCUUUCUCCUGGAUACGGAACAGAGUGGGAUGGUGAACGGUGCGACGGUACCCAUAGAGGGGGGGAUGAUUGCUGUGUGCAAGAUGAAGUAGUUGUGGUUGGAGGGAUUUCUCUAGAGGGCAGGAAGUUUUUGGUUUGCGGGAAUGGAAGGACUGAGAACUGAAAACGUGAAUGCUUCACACAGCGCGCUAACUUUUUAUGGCAGAUGGACACGCAUACUAGAGUUUUUCAAGGGAAUCAUCGAC